AUGUCUGGAUACGGUAACGACAACAACGACAGCUACGGCUCCUCCAACACCCGUGGCGGAGACGACUCCUACGGCUCCUCCAACAACAACUCCUCCAACAACGACAGCUACGGCUCGUCCAACACCCGUAGCAGCGACAACAACGACUCCUACGGCUCCUCCAACACCCGCAGCAGCGACAACAACGAUAGCUACGGCUCCUCUAACAAGAACUCCAACGACGACGACUCGUACGGCUCCUCUAACAAGUCCUCCGGCAACACUGACAGCUACGGCUCGUCUGGCAACAGCCGCGGCGACAACAACGACUCGUACGGCUCCUCUAACAAGAGCUCCUCUAACGACAACGACACCUACGGCUCGUCUAACAAGAACUCGUCCGACACCUACGGCUCCUCCAACAAGAACUCCUCCGACAGCUACGGCUCCUCGGGCAACACCGACAGCUACGGCUCGUCCAACAAGAACUCCAACGACAACGACGACUCCUACGGCUCCUCCAACAAGAGCUCCUCGAACACCGACUCCUACGGCUCCUCCAACAAGAACUCCUCCGACAGCUACGGCUCCUCGGGCAACACCGACAGCUACGGCUCGUCCAACAAGAACUCCAACGACGACGAUUCCUACGGCUCGUCUAACACCCGCUCCUCGGGCAACAACAACAACAGCAGCGAUUCUUACGGAUCCAGCAACAACAACAACAACGAUUCCUACGGCUCGGGAAACAACAACUCGGGAUCGUCGACGGUGGAUAAGCUUGUUGAUACGGCGACUGGUUUCUUGGGAAGGAGCGGGGGUAACAACAACAACAAUGAUAGCAACUACUAGAGUGGAUGAUACCUGUUUGUCCCUGGUGAUGGGGGUGUAGGGUUGCGAAUGAAUUGAAAUAACCUUUUUUUGAUGUUGGCUUUGGUUGUGACUAUGAUUUAUGAUUGUGG